GAGGAGAGAGACGGAAAGAAAGAGGAGCAGCGGCGCAGAGAAAAAGGAAUCAUAAUGCCAAUCAGUUAUUCACAAAGUUCAUCAUCUGAAGAGGCACCGGUAGAAGAUAAUAGCUGGGCUGAAGCAGAUGGUGACUAUGGUAAACCGAUUAAUUGUUGGUGUGGUGCAUUUCUGAUAGUUGAAGCGUCUACAGAUGAGAGGAAUAAAGGAAGAAAAUUUUUGAAAUGUCCAAUGAAUCAGGAUGGUGAAGUGCACCUUACUAAGUGGUGGGAUGAUGCGGUAGAUCAGGAGCUCUCAUGGUUAAAGAGGAGAAUGGCAGAGCAAAAUGAAUCUAUCGUUCGCGCUUUCAGAUAUGGAGGUGGUUCUAAUCCAGCACUGGAGUCAAUUCGUCAAAACAUGCGUCUAAUGCGUGAAGAAAUUGAUGAUCUUAAGGAGCGAUUAGUUAAGAAAGAAAGCGAAAUUGAUAGGCUAAAGGAUUUGCUUUCUAAAUGGUAG